UAUGUUACAUGCAAAACCAAAGACUUAAACACAAUAAGCACUUUUCUAAGAUUUGAAGAGCAAGAAAUCUUCAACUUCCUUUAGUCCUAUUAACACACUUUUUGGAAAUUAAUAAACUAUCAAUAUCCCUAACAAUUUAUGUAUCUAUCUUCAAUAAACAUAGCAAUACCAUUGUAUAAAGGUCAUUUUGUUAAUUUUCAUCAUGAACAGAUAAGAAUUAAUGAUAAUUGUUCUUUGAGUGGUAUUUAAGAUGGCUUUCUUUACUUUGUGGUGAAUGAAAAAACCAUGCAAUUCUAUUUCUUUUCACCUUUACAUGAUGAUCUAAAUUACUACUACAAUACUGUAAACAUUUCUAUUUUAUUGAAGGAUGAUAAGAAGUACAAAUUUCCAAUCAGAUUCAAAGAACAAUUAAUUAAUCACUUAGACUAUAUUACAGCCGUUGGAUUUUAAUAGGUAGAUGAUGUAUGGACUAUGGCAAUUGCUUCUGAAUUCUAUAUAUUUUUGUAUACUUUUACAGGAGAUUUGGACAAUUUUUAAAUGCUAAAAUAAGGCUUCAACGUUAAUGGAGAAAUAAUUAAUUAAGUCAUAUUUUAUUAAGAUAAUUUAAUCUAUGGAGGCAGUUCAGGCACUCUUACUUGUAAAUCUAUUGAUUCAGCUCAAAACUAUACAACUUAAUUUAAAGAAAAAAUAAAAAAAUAAUUCAAUAGGAUAUUUAAGGAUUUGACUCCUUGGUCAUCUCAAUAAGGAUUAAUUUAAUUAGAAGUACAAGAAGAAUUUAAUAUUUGUUAUGGUUUAUUUGAGAAACUUGAUAAAGAUGAAAAUGUUGAAGAUACAUUUAUUAUUAUCUAUGAUAUUGGACUUUAAGGAGAACUAUUUUAAGAAAUAAUAACAAUAAAAUAAUCUUAUUUAUUUAAUUCUAAUUUAGAAUUUAAAAAUGCAUUUGAUUAUCAUAAUCUAUAAUUUUAUCAUGUGUUUUUCGAAAGACAAUACUAAACAAAUAAAAUUGUAUUGAUUAUAACAACCAAAGAUUAAUUGUAACUUUAUUUAUAGUUUGAAUUAUAAGAUAGAACUAUUAAUGAAAUAAAUGAAUAUAAAUUAAGGAUUUCAAAUUCUAAUGUUACUCAAUAAUAAUUUAUAAAAUUGAAACCAGAAUUUUAGGUUAUCUAAGUUAAAAAUCCCUAUAUGAAGAUUGAUACAGUAAUUCCAUAUGGAGUAUGUUUAGAUGAGGGUAGAAUAUAAUAUAAACAAAAAGAAAUGUUGACAAUUUAAUAAAAUUAAAUUUUGAAGUCAGUUUACAAAGAAGAAUAAUUAUCACUAUUUCAUUUAGAUAAUUAUAUUAUUGCAUAAUUUCUUGAUAUGGCUCAUAUUCAAUAUUUUAGAAGUUUAGAACAAUAGAUCACUAAAUACAAUUCAUAUAAUUAAAUAUAGUAUUCAAUAUAUAGAGAUACAUCAAAAGAUGCAAUUGAAAAAAUAGAUCUACAUGGUCAAAAUGGUCAUGGUAUUCCAAAAAGUACUUAUAAUAUUGGAAAAAUGACUGUAAAUCGAUUAUUUAAUCAUUUUGAUAUUAAUGAAGCUUAACUUUAUAAUUUACCUGAACAUUUUAUUUGUAUUGCUGAUCAUACAAUAGAAUUUAUUGUUAGAAUGAGACCAAUUGAUUGUUUCUUUACUGCUAUUAAAGUUACACAUUAUGAUUUUAUUGAUUCAAUAGAUGCUGAUUUUCCCCUUGAAAAAUUGGUCAGAGCAUUUGGAAUUGAAGAAAGUUGUUCAUAAAUCUUAUAAAUAAUUAUUCAAGAAGAAUAGAAUUUUUAUAUCAAUGUUGAACUUUAACAUUAAUAUUAAUUAGAUUUAUAGAAAGCAUAUUAAAGAAUACAUUAUUCAGAAAAUAUUCAAAAAUUUUUUGAUGAUAAUGAAAAGAUUCCUAUAUGGGUUACUGGUUAAGUUUAUGUUCGUAAAGGAGCUAUAAUCAAAGAGAAAGCACUUAAAGCUUAUUUUGCUUUGAUUAAACGUUCAUUAAUUAAUGAAGAUAGAAAUUAAAAAUCAAAAAAAGUAUCAAGUACAACAUCUUUGAUUUGGAAAAUCAUUGCUCCUCUUACAACUAAGAAAUUCAUCAAUGAAAAAGUUUAUAAUUUAGAAUGUAAUAAACCUAUUGAGAGUUAUUCAAUUAAAUAAUUACAAACAGUAUUUAAAUAGAUAGAAAAAUUAAUUAAAUUAUUUGAAAAUGAAUCUAAUUAUUAUUAAUAGGUUAAGAAUUAAAGACAUGAUCUAUAAAUUGAAGAAUAAAAUUAAUUUCAAAAUUAUAAGAAUGGAUUUAGUAAAUAUAUUUAUGAAACUUUUGAAUAAAGUACUAGAUUAGAUAUUUCAAGAAGCACUAAUUAUUCAGAUUAAUCAUUAGCUGUUAGUGUUAAUGUAGAUGUAGAAUAUGUAUAAAUUAUAUUUAUUUUAGAAUUAAAUGAAAGUAUUAUUUUCUUAUUGCAAAUAAAUUAAAUAAUUAUUGUAAUUUUUGAUUUAUUUCUUUGGUGAAUUGUAAGGAAUCAGAAAUAUUAUUAACAGCUAUCAAAAUAAAACUUAAUUAUUUGAUUUAUCAAUAAAAAGUGUUCUUAGUGGUGAUACUGUUGGUAAUUUGACAUUAAAAUAAUUAAUGAUACAUAUUAUUAAAAGUGAUAAAACUAAAUUUAGAGAAACUGCUUAAUUUAUGAAUUAUCAUUUUCCUGAUUUCUUUAGUGAUUAAGAUUUUAAAAUUAGUCUUGUAUAAAACUUAUUUGAUGAAAUUUUAACAUUUGCUGCUUAAAAAAGUAACAAUUCUUAUUGACUAAUUAGAUUUGAUUAAACUUAAUCCAAAUGAAUAAAUACAUGAAAAAAUUAAGAGGAUCUUAAAAUUGUCCAAAACUCCAUAAAUUACUAUUGAUAAAGUACUUGAAAAGAAAGAGAUCUUUUUAUAUUAUAAGGAUUUGUAACCAGAAUUAUAAGACUAAUUAUUAGAGGCAUUGAAAUUAAUAGAAGAAGUAGCAAUCCUAAUAGAUCAUUCGUAUAUGACAUAAUGCUUUCAAAAUUAUAUGUAUCCUUUUGCCACUUUCAAAUUCUAUGUUUAAUAUCUAGCUUAGAAAUGUUAAUAAUAAGAAAAGGAUUAAUCAAAUAAUGAAUAUUGUAAUUGCAUUAUGGACUUAAUUUAGCAAUUCACCAAUUUAAUUUAAUAUUAUUUGAAUCCUCCAAAAGGAUUAAAUAAAGCUUAAACUAAAGAAAUUUUAAUCGAAUCUCUUCAAGUUUUAAAUUAAUUUUAACUUAUAAAACCAACUGAAGCAAUAGCUAAUAAUAUUAUAAAAUAUUAAUUGAAAGAAUUCAUUUAAUAUAUUGAUUACAAUCAGGAAAUGGAUUUAUAAUGUAAUAAUGAUUUAGAGAAAUUAUAAAUGUAAAAGAAACAAUUCUUAGCAAAAGCUGUAAAAGGAAAUCAUGAAGUAUAUCCAUAAUUGAUACAAAUUUUGCUUAAAUUAGCAUAAUUUUCAUUAAGUUAAUGUCCAGAAAUGAAUUUAGAGGAUAUUCAAAUUAAAUUGCCUAUUAAAAAGAGAUUAAGAUAUGUUAAUAAGGCAUAAGAAUUCAUUAGAACUUUUCAUAAGAAUACUUAAGGAAUUGAUAUUAAUGAAGUAGAAAAGUAAGCAUAAGAUCUCAGUAAAUAACUAUUUUUGUAAGAUAUUAUGUAUGAUUUCGUUAUAUCUAAUGAAGAUGAAAAUUAAAGUAAAAAUAUAUAAAUUACUUUUUUCAGGUUAUCAUACUGAAAAGAGGAAAAUUCUUAUGGAUAUUUUAGAUUGCAAAAUUAUAUUACAAUUCUUUGAAGAUAACAAUAUUUACUUUGGCUAAUUACUAUGUCUGGAUUAUUUGGAACACUCUCAAGGAAUAUAAUUAUGUACAUAAGACAAAGUUGAAUAAUUAUGGAUUAAUUUUUUAUUAAGUGCUUAUGAAGAAUCUAAUGGAUGGCCAACAGAUGUACUUAAACGAUAAGUAAUCAUAUAUAUAAUUAAAAAUUUUAGAUGAAAUUGCUUUUUGAAAAUCUAAUCAAUAACAAUAAAUAUAUUUAAUUAUAGAAAAUGACUUAGACAAUAGAGUUAAUUAAUACAAAAUAAUGUUAGGAGUAAUAAAUUACUCAAUUGUCUACUUGGUUAUUUUUUGAAAUUUUGUUAAGUCAUGACAUUAGAGAGAUUGAUUUGGCUAGAAUCUAUGUUAAACAUUAUUUGGAUCAUAUCUAAAUUUUAAAUAAUCCUUUAUAUCAAAAUUUGUAAAUAGAAUAAAUUUAGACUUAUAAAUUGUAAUUGAUAUAAUAGAUUUUAAUUUUAUUUGAUGCCCUCAAAAAACUUAAGUAUGAUUAAUAAUAGACAAGUUCAUUAAUAAAUCAAUUUAGAAAUGCUUUUGAAGUACUUAAAUUAUUAAUAUUUAUAGAACGAUUAUAGAAAUCUGAAGGAUGAUGAAUUAUAUGAUGCAAAAGUUAUAGAAUAAAUUAAAAUUAGAAUUGAUUCAUUAUGA